ACUUAAUAUAUGUGGUAGCUCUUUAAUCAAAAUAAAAAAAUAAAAAACUUAAAUUAACUUGACUAGAUUAUUAGAUUAGAGUUAUUUAACGAAAAGCAAAAUAUUAAAUAAAUAGAGAGCUAGCUUAUUAACCUACUUAGUUUAAACGCACAGAAUUAAGAAUAUGAUUCCCUUAAAAAUGAAUGCUUAAAAAUAUAAAAUUAUGAACUAAAUAUUUCUGCUUCCUUUGAAGUAAAUAUGGAAAUAAAUAAAAUCAAAAGUACUUUGUGCUCUGAAUAUUAAAGAGUUUAUAAUUAAUAAGGGGAGAAAAAUGAAAAAUAUCUUUUUUUACUAUCAUUAGUAGAAUUUUUUAAAAAUUACAAGGUUUAUUGGAUUACUUAUAUGCGCUUCUUUUAAUUAAAGGAAAUAGGGAUCAAGGAUAAAUAAAUUGCUAAUUCUAUCCAUCAAAAAUUUGUUAAAUUUAAAAAAUAGUGUGAAUAGUCUAUUGCAUAUUAGCAAAAAGAAAAAAUUGUCUAUGGUGAUUUAAACCAUUAAGAAUAGCAAAUAUCAGAAAAUCAAAAUCUUUUUUACAAUGGAUUUUUAAAAAUAUUGACAUAUGAAGAGAUAGUGUAAGAAACAUACAAUUAAAUUUAAAAUGCUUCCAAUUUGAAGCUAGAGGUACUAAGUAUUAUGAAGAAUAAAGAUGUCAAUGUUAAAGAACUCUUAUGUUUGGCGACUGAGUUAGACUUACAAGUGAGGAGAGUUAGAAUAAAUUUAAAAGCAAUUUCAGAACUGAAUUACUCUAAUUCGUAACUUUAUGAUUUGAAAAUAUUUUACUUGAACACAAUAGCAUUUUGUGAAGAUGAAGUUAGUUUUGCAUCAUAAAAUCAAAGGAUUCAUCAUAUGAAAUAUAUAGAAAUCAAAGAAGAAUAAAAUAUUCUGUAAAAAGGCCAGUGCGUUUUGUUUUGCACAAUUAACGAUAAAUAGAGUGUUCUAAUAAAGAAAGCAUCUUAAUAAAUUUAAAGAAUAUUUGGGAUAAGUUAAAAAUAUGCUUACAAUAAAUCUAUAUCUAUUUUGAUGCCUAAUUCAAUAGGUGCAAUUCAUGACGAUAUUAUAUUUCAAUAUUUUAAUAUUGCUAAGUAACAAAGCAAUUACUUUGAAGAAAAUAAGAAGAAAAAUGAUUAACAGUAUAAUUUAAUGGAAUAGAAUUUAAUAUUUGCUCAAGUAAAUCAUUUUAAAACAAAUCUUAUUGUUACUCCUGUCAAAAUAUCUUUGCAGCUAAACUAAUUUUUAGAAAGAAGUGAAUCAUCAAAAGGAUUAAUACAAAACUUUGGAUUUACUGCUGAAAUUAAAGAUAUAAACGAAAAAAACUAAUUAGAUUACAUUCUCUACUUUACAGAUACUCUUUUAGUUUAAGGAAUAACAAAAAAUCUGUACUACUUUCUUUUCAAUAUUAAUCCUUAAAUAUUUAGUUAAGCUAAUUACAUAAAUAUCUCUGAAUUAUUUCCUUUUUUGAGUGAAUAGUUUGGAUUUUCUUCAUAUGCUAGCUAAAACUUAAAUAAUUUGAAUGCCUAUUUUAAACUAUUACAAAGUUAAAUUAUAACUGAUUCGCUACGAUUAAAAUAAAAAUAUGAAAUUCAAAAAAUUGAAUUUCCAAUGAUAUAAAAAAAAUUUUAACAUGUCUGCUUAAUUAUAAAUUACUAAAAUUUAUAAUAAAAUUUAAAGUAACUUGCUUAUAAAAUGCUAAAUAUAAAUUAAUUAUCGGAAAUUAUUUUAGAAUAAAUUACUUUUGUCUCUAUGGAGAUCCAACUAGUUAACCCAAAAUAUUAAUACUUUAAAAAUUUGUAAUACCUAGAAGUAUCAAAGUUGAUAAUUCUUAACCCUUUAAAUAAAAAUAAUGAGAUUAUAGAGCAUCUUUUAAAUAAUCUCAAUAAUUACUUGGGUGUUUACUCUUUCGAAUUUAUUGAAUUUUUGAUUUUCAUCUUAUAAAACAGCACAAAUUAAAAUUUAGAAAAAGUUUUAGAAAGAGAAAUAGAUUUAUCUUGUUUAUUAGAUAUAUAAAAAUAAAAUGAAAUUAAUCAAUAAAAAAGUCACAUUUCAAAAUAGCAAAUUGAUUUGAAUGUCUAAAAUAGAGAUAAUGGUGAGCCGAUUCAGUAAAUUCUAAAUUUGGAUGAAAGAACAAUGAGCGAAUCUUAUUAAAAGUAAUCUAAAUAAAAUUUAGAAAGAAAAGAUGUUUAUGCAAAAAAUAAUAUUGACAUCAAAUCUUCUAAUUAAAUUUAUUUAAAUGAAGAGAUUUCUACCAGAGGAUAUCUUUACUCAAUCGAUAGUCCAUCUCUACUUAAUCAGCAUAAAUAAUAAUAAUAAUUCCAAAUUGACUCAUUAGGUAAUAGAAAGCAAUUCGGAAAAAACACAAAAGUAAACUCUUAAAUAAAUCUAAAUUCCUAGAGAUAGAAAAACACGAUUGAUAAUUAAUAGUAAACUUAAAUAACAAAGAACAUAUCUAGUUUUCAAUCACUAGACAAACAGUUUGACCAAACUUAAAGAUGCUAAUUAUAAUUUUCAAGCAGAUUAAAAUCAUAGGAAAGUAGCUUAUAACUUAGCCCAAAGAGUCAUGAAAAAUUAUUCGCUCUAAACUGUAAUAAACAGGCAUAUUUUUAAAAACACGAAGAUUAUAAAUUUAAUUAAUAAUCGAAAGGUUCAAGCAUUUAAGAAGAAGAUGAAACGAAAUAAUCAAUAGGAUUAGAUGAAGAAGAGAAUCAUAAAAAACUGAAAAGAAAGUUAGAAGAAUAAAUAGAAAUUGAAUCUUAAAAAUCAAAAGAAUCUUAACUUGCACACUCCAAAGGAAGAUUGCAGAGGUAUCUGAACAAUAAUUAAUCAUCUAACGUUAUUUCUAUGACCAAAAUUAUUGGUUUACUUAGCUACUUUGUUAUGAUAGGAUUAACUAUAUUUUUAUUCAUCUAAGUCAUUACCGUAGCACAAAACUCAUUUAGCAAUAGCAGUUAUUUUGUUUGGCCCAUGAAAUACUCUUCUAAUUUAUCUUAAAUUUUCAAAACUUAAAACUUAGCUUUGCUCCUUUCAUUUAAAGAAAUAUAAACUCCCUCUUUUCAAAAUUAAAACUAAAAAAAUGCCUACAUCUAAAAUUUAAAAUAUUAGCUUAAUUCUACCCUGUUAUAAAGUUUUAUGCAGUACAUCAGCAGUGUAGAACAUAUAGGUGCAAAGUAAACGGUUUUUAGCUUAAUGAAUGAUAAUAAAUUAAUCUUUUGGCUUGGAAAAUACUAUGAUCCAAAAAAUCUCGUUGGCUCAAAUUCUAUACCUAACACCUUUCCUUAUGUUGCCCUAAAUAUUUCUGUUGUUUACAGUGAUACGCUGAUUUCUUCUACAGUUUUCCGUUAUAUCGCUGGAUUAGGAAACGGAAGGCCUGAAUUUUAUUCUUCUAAAAAUAUUUAGACUUUAGUAACAACUUUGACAAGUAUUCAAAACAAAAUGCUUUAAUAACAGAAAAGUAAGGAUGACACAAUUGAUCAAUAAUUGAUAAUUUACAUGACUACAGUCAUCGUCAUUUCUUUUUUAUGUAUAGCCACUAUAUAGCCUUUAUAUUGGUACAUUCAAAACUAAAGGCAAAUUAUUCUUGGGCUAUUUACAACCUUCCCUGUUGAAUAGUUAGAUACUAUGAUUUUACAAGUUAAUCAAGCUCAAGAACAUCAUAGAAAUAAAAUUUCUCAAACAUUAAAAUAGCCACCAAAAAAAAUAGAAAACCGCAGUGAGAUUAAAAAGUAGACAAUAGGUAGAAUUUCAAAUUUAUAAAAAUUAAGCUGGGCACUCAUGAUAGUGAUGCUAUUUAUCUAUUUUUUAAUCUUAAUCAAUCCUAUUUUGAAUAAAAUUAAUACUACAAGCUACCUCAAUUCUGUUGAAAAUAUCUCUUACACUGGAUAAUUGAUCUAUGAAGUCUAAGCGUACAUACUUGAAAGUUUGUCUAUAAAUUAUUUAAGUUUAAUAUUAAAGCUAAGACCUAACUUAAAACCCAUGCAACUUAGUUAAUAUUAAGAUUAUUUAUAAGAUUUGCUAUAAAGAAGCUAAUAAAUACAAAGUAAUUUAUAUUACCUAAUUCAAAAUUAAUAUACAAUAAAGAGCUAUAAUUCUUAGGAUUUUGAUGACUUCUUUUUCAAAAUAUUGGAAGGAGACAUUUGUGAUACUCUGAAUAAAUAUAAGAAAUAUUAAACUGAUUAUAUAGCUAGUUAAUCAUAAUCUUGUUACAGUAUUCACCAAGGUUUGCUUUCGUAAGGUCUAAACACUUCAUUUAAAAAUUUAAUUUCUAUUCUUCCUGAAUUGCAUAACUUGCUCCAGCAAAAUAAUUAAAUCAACAUUGAUAAAGCUUUAAACUAGUUUAAUUAGGAUUACGAUCUUAAGUAAUUUAAUGAUUUUGAAGAAUUUAUAGUAGAAACAAUAAGUUCAAUUGGACUUUUUUUAAAUGAUCUGAGUCAAUAAAAUUAUGAUAAUUUUAUUAGAUUUCAAACUAUUAUUUUAAUUUAUUAAUUGAUUUUGCUCUCCACAAUUUUUUUGGUUUUUUGGAUAAGAUUUGGAGGUUUUUUAAAUAGCCAACUAAUACGCACUAAAAAACUUUUAAGGAUAAUAGAUUUGAAUAAUUUAUUGUAAAAUUAAUACAUAUGUUUAUACUUUAAAAAUUGUAUGAAAUCAUUUUGAGUAUUUUAUUUUCGAAUUUACUUACAUCAAGAAUAUUUU